AUGACCCUAGUCUCAGACGACCCUAGUUAUUGGCCACUCAUCAACACUUGGCGUAUUUCCAGCUAUUUUUUGCCGUUGGUGUUGGAGUGGUAUAUGAUUGGGUAUUCCAGCCCUUACGUUCGGACAAGAGGUCGAACUGGUCUGGAGACAAUGUUGGUCCCUGAUGACCGUUCUCUAUCUGAGUGUACGUUAGUGCUACCGCGGUCCGGUCCAGAACCAUGGUUCGAACCGGACUUUUGGUCCGGUUGUCCGUGGUUCGGUCCACGGUUCUCGCAUCAGCCAGAACCGGACCGGAAGGCGGUUCUCGGUUCUACAUAUCCCCGAACCGUUCUAUUUUGGUUCGGCCUUCCCGAACCGUUCCGAACUGUUGUCAACUUCGACUUCGACUUCGACUUCGACAACAUUGGCCUCAACGUUAAUCAGGCAAUCUUUAGCAUUUUUGAAGACGCCUGUGCGCUUAACGCUGACGGCUCCCUCAAGGACGCCUCCGAUAUCACUUUCUUCAAUGACCCUGAUGACGAUGUACCGCUUCCCAAAGUCCCACCUUCCACCCAGCCAUCGACAUCAACUGCAUCUACAAGAGAUGCCUACUCCGUUCUACUCAAGGCUGGACAUACCCCAGCAACAGUCGCAGCUGGUUCUCGGCGGUCUGGCCGUCACUUAAAGCCCUCAGCUCGUAUGCGUGAUGCUGACAACGCCUGUGGGCUGUCUUCAAGUUCAGGCACGAGGAAACGUGCACUGUCAAGCGCUACAGACCAUCCGGCACCGAAGAAAGUCGCUAUGCGAUUUUUCUCGCCUCUUGACUCUGAGGACGAAGACGAAGACGAGAACGUCCAUCCAGGAGAAUCAUCCGCCGAUGAGCUGGUCCCUCAACCUGAUGUCGAAGACUUAGACGACACCGAUGACGCCAAGUCCGAGAAUGGGGUCACCACUCAGACGCUUUCAAAAAAUGAACGUACAGCAGAUGUUAGGACUAUAUUCACUCGCGGUCCUGAUGGGUGGGUGUGUACCCUGUGCAAGUAA